AUGUCAACUCCAACUUCGCGUUACCCAGCUGCUGAGGGGACAGCCGGUGUGGUGACUACUUGGCUACCUUUAACCACUGUUUAUCCCAAUGUGCCUAGCUGCAAAACCGAAUUGUAUUCUCCCAAUAAUCUCACACAGAUCUAUGCCUACGACCCUAACCAGAAUGCCAUUACCUUCGCGACGAAGUGCUGGCCUUCUGAAGCAAGAUCAUGGUGGAAUCAAGACACCUCUGCGACAGCGAUCACCUCACUAGGACCUUUUCUGUGUCCGGAAGCCUAUACCGUAGCCGUCACCACCGUUGUAAAAUCUGGUUCUACACUGAGUGGAUGUUGUCCUAGCGGCUAUGCUCUAUGGUCUUUAAUGUCCCAACCCUAUCCCGGCGAAUGCACAUCGACCAUCACCUCCGGAGCCACGAUCACAUAUGUUAGUAUUUGGACACCUGCCGCAGAUGGAUAUACGACAAUGACUGCUGUGUUGGAUAGUGACCAUGCGGUCCAGGCUGUUCAGAUCAAUGGAUAUAAUUUCGAUGGUAAUUCUGCAGUUCCGACAGUGACGGCUUUCAGCUCGAGUACUAGUUCGAGUUCGACAUCUGGAUCGGCCUCCAAAUCCGAAACGGCAGCCUCUGGCUCUACUCCCAGCUCAUCUGGAGCUGCAGCCACAUCCACAUCGGCAGUUUCUUCGCCCUCAACUAGUGAUAGUAGUAAUAGUAGUUCAGGACUCGGCACCGGAGCAAAGAUCGGUAUUGCUGUCGGUAUCGCCGUUGGCAUAGUUGCCAUUGCUGCUCUCAUUGGAGCUAUAUUUUUCAUGAGGAGGCGGAGGAAAUAUGAUACAGCGCCACAGCAGGAUAUUCCUUACGCGGCUUCUCAGAUAAAAAUGAACCAAGUCGCUUCUCUUCCAUCUUCGCCUGGAUCUGACGUUCCGCAUGAGAUCGGCCAUAGAUAUGGAUACGAGGCGCACGAGGUUGGCAAUACGCAGGUACACGAAAUGAAUGGAUCGACUUUCGCUGAGCUCGAUGGAAAUGAUAGACGCUGA